GUCACUUCGACAUUGACAACAAUAAUACUGUUAUCCUGAUGAUUAACAUGAUCACAUUUUGUGUGUCUGUAUUUACCACACUCUUGAGCAGUAGACGUGAGAUUUUCUAAAUACAUAGUACGGACAUAGUAAAUUUAAGAUAAUAUACUCGAGGAAAGCAGUAUCACAUAGCGCUGUUUGUGUACGGACAAAAUAAAGCGGUGAACAAGAAUCCGACCUUCUCGCCUUCCGUAGCUUACCAAAUUGUGUCUUAGCAUUUGUGUUAACGUGCUGGCAUUGAGGACCACAAACGUACUACUUCCAACAUUGUGAAGAAAAGUCAGGCUGUCACCAUGGUUACUGGAAAGCAUCUGGCCAACAUGGGCUACCGGGCCUUUUCGGCCUCCAUGAUGUUGCUGACUCUCUACGGUGGCUACCUGUGCACCAUGCGGGGCUACCGCUUCGUGCAGAGGCAAAAGGAACUCAAAAUGGCUGCCGAGAACCAGGAUCCAGAGAUGAUAAAAGACUGAUGGAUGCUCCACACGUUUGAACACGAGUUUGUUUGCUGGAGUUGUGGGUGUGAAAUUAAAUCUUCAACAAGGAACGAUGAGAACUAAUGUGCGAAAACGUUCCCAACCACUGCAUUGUGGGAAAUGAUCCAAUCUCAUUGAAAUGUGUUUAUUUACUAUAAAUAAUGUACUUUCAUUCAUGUGGCUAUGCCAGAGACGAAAGAAUUAAAUGUACUUCCACUAGGUGGCAGAAGGUGA